GAAUAAUUUCUACUUGAACACCUACUGGCUGCUGAGAAAAUGGUCGUCAGCAUUGAUCUGGAAACUGACCUUCCAGAGCUCGUUCUAAAUGUUGGAGCGAUCACGCUUGGAAAGAAGAGCAGGGAGGAAAUGAAGAGCCGUUGUCUCAGGAGACGGGAGAUUGAAAGCGUCUCCCGAGCUCUGUGUGUGCUGCUGAACUCUGGAGGGGGCGUGAUCAGGGCUAAAAUUGAGAAUCAACAAUACAGUCUGAGCAGAGAUGGAAUAGGACUGGAUUUGGAAAACUCUCUUUACAGUGUUCUUCCAUUCGUUCAGAGAUGCCUCGACUUCGUGGAGAAAGACGGCCACUUCUAUGUUUUUGUGAAAUCGGGGGGUCCGGAGAGCUCCGAGCUGCCGAUCGUCACGUUGAAGACCAACCUGUACAUGAGAAGCAUGUCAUCCUCAGUCGAGGCCCCUGCUGCUGCUGCCCUGGAGCUCCUCACAGACAUGAAGGAAACUGGAGGGAGGUGGGACUUGAGACCAGAGCUGCCGCCAAACAGAGCCUGCGCCUGCGUAGAAGAAGAAUGUCAGGUGGAGGACUUGGCUGCUGAGUUUUUUCACAGGACAAAACUUCUCUACAAGGGGGAGUUCCCCUUCUGUAAAUCCACACACGUGGAGGUUAGGAAGGUCUCAACCAAACGACUGUUGAAGUGCAUUAAAAAGAUUAUCUCUCGAACUGUUUCUGCAUUUGCAAACACUGACGGGGGUUAUUUGUUCAUUGGUUUGGAUGCAAAGAAACAGCAGAUCAUUGGUUUUGAAGCAGAGGAGAGUGAUCUUGUGCAUCUAGAGAGUGAGAUCGGAAAGUGCAUCCGACAGUUGCCUGUCUAUCACUUCUGUGAAGAGAAGGAGGAGAUCAAGUACUUGUGCAGAUUCAUUGAAGUCCACGGCCCAGGAGGUGUUUGUUCAUAUGUCUGUGCGCUCAGAGUAGAGAGAUUCUGCUGUGCCGUGUUUGCUAAACAGCCUGAUUCCUGGCACGUGGAAGACAACUGUGUGAAGCCGUUUACCAUGGAGGAAUGGGUCAGGCACCUGAUGGAAGGCAGGGCAGUGGCCUCCGGGAAGAUGAUAUAUUUUCCUGAAACCCUCUGCUCAGAGCUGUUCUCAAAACCCAAAGCACUUGAACAGUUAAUACAGGCAGAAAUGGGCUCUCUUCAUCAAAUAACACUGAUCUCCUCCAAGAGCUGGCCUUUGAAUCUGGGCUCACAAGAAAUCAAGUGUAUCAGCUAUAAUAUUCUUCAUAUUUCUGAAGGCAGUCUACCAACCCUGCCCACCUUCAUUGGGGUAGGGGAGGAGUUGGAAGGCGAAUGCACUAUUCUGAGGGAACUAGGUGACAAGCUAAAGGAUCAUUCUAAAUGAGCUGCCCUCACUUUAAAGCAGAAGCUGCUGAGCCUUGGUGGUUACACUGAGAAAAUAGGAAUUGUGAUAAAGAUGUACUUGGGUCAUAAUAUAGUACCUACAUAUCAUUCAGGAUCAAAAAUAUAUUAUCCCAGAACCUAUUAUCUAACAAUGAAAACAGUAGGAAACUUGCAGAUAGCUCUGGAUAAAAUCAGUAUGGUUCUCUAA